GAGUUUGGCUUUUACUCUAGGUGAGACGGGAACCCACUGGAGAGUUUUAAGCAAAGACAUGACAUGGUCUCACUUCGGAUUUAACAAUUCUGGCUCCUUUUCGAGCGUAGACUGGAGGGGGCCAAUUAGGAGGCUGCUGCAAUAAUCUAGGUGAGAGACGACGGCAAGGGUGAGAGAUUAUAGACCAGGGUGGUAGCAGUGGAGUAAUGAAAAGUAUGAUUCCAGAAAUAUCCAAGGCAAUUUCCUGGCAGAUUUGAUGUGAGGUGUGAUUAAAGAAGAACCAAGAAUGACUUUAGUGUUGUUGGCCUGAGCAACUGGAAGAACAGAGUUGCCAUUUAUUGAGAUGAGAAGGCUGCCGGAAGAGUAGAGUUGUUUUGUUUCAUUAUGGAGAUUGACGGUUUCCAGCAGUUAGACCUAGAGAAGAGUGUACCUUCCAAAAAGACUACUCCUGAAAGGAUUAUCCAUUUUGUUGACGGAGACAUCAUGGAAGAAUAUAGCACAGAGGAGGAGGAGGAAGAGGAAAAAGAGGAGCAGAGCACAAAUUCAACACUUGAUCCUUCUAAACUUUCCUGGGGGCCCUACCUAUGAUUUUGGGCAGGACGAAUAGCAAGCACUUCAUUUUCUACAUGUGAAUUCCUUGGUGGAAGAUUUGCUGUCUUCUUCGGUCUUACUCAACCCAAAUAUCAGUAUGUGUUAAACGAGUUCUAUAGGAUACAAAACAAGAAAAGUGACAACAAAAGUGAAAGGAAAGGAUCAAAGGCCCAGGCAGCUGAGGUUCCUAAUGAAAAGUGUCACUUGGAGGCUGGGGUCCGAGAGUAUGGAACCAUACAACAGGAUGCGACAGAGGCCAUUUCUCAGUGAAGCACCUCAUCCAGGGAGGGUCUGGUGGCAGAUCCUAGCUCAUGAUGGCAGCAAAGACUGCAGUUUCCCUGGAUCUCUGUUCCUUG